AUGGGAUGUUUGCCUCCAGGAAGUAACAAAUCUUACAAAAGCAAAGCGGGAGAUGUUUCUGUGGGCACACAGGCAGAGGAUCGAGGGGGUGUCCCACCAGCAUCUCAGGGAGAGGAUGGCUGUGCAAAAGUGAAACGGUUUGAGUUCUUUCUGUUGAGCCCCCACGAUGUUGUCGGUGAGGCUUAAUUAUUACCAAGAACGCAAAGACCAAGUUUGAGGGUAAGGGAUGGAGACUCCAAAGCCCGGCCCAGCGCCUUCUCGGGACACCGAGAGUUCGGGGCUGGAUGCGGAACCGGGACCCCCCCCCCGGUCCGAGCGCUCUGCGGGCGGCCCCGGCAUCGUGGAGGGCGGCGGGACUUCCCGGAACGGCCCGGCUGGGAGGCGCUGACACGUGGCCGCGGCUCGGCAGGGGGAGGGAGCCGGCGGCCGGGGCGAUGUGAGCCGGCAGGGCUGGAAGGAGCUGCCCGUAUGGCAACGGGAGGAGUUAGGAAUGUGACGGUGUGCGGAGGAGAGCACGGCCCACGAACCCCGCAGCACGACGGUAUGAGGAGGGAUGGAGGCGGGGAGCCGUACUGGUCCAGGCCCGAGUGCCGUGUGUGGACAGCAAUGCUGCUGCUGGGGACGUGCCUGUUGUACUGCGCCCGCGUCACCGUGCCCAUCUGCGCCGUCGCCCUGAGCACGCACUUUGGCUGGGACAAGAAGCAGUCAGGAGUUGUGCUCAGCAGCUUCUUCUGGGGCUACUGCUUGACGCAGGUCAUCGGAGGACACAUCAGUGAUCAAAUAGGGGGUGAGAAAGUCCUCCUCCUCUCAGCAUCAGCAUGGGGCUUCCUGACAUUCAUCACCCCAGUGCUCACCCAGAUCACAUCAGCACACCUUGUCUUCAUGACCUGCUCCAGGUUCCUCAUGGGGCUGCUGCAAGGGGUCUACUUCCCAUCCCUGGCCAGCCUGCUGUCCCAGAGGGUGAGGGAGAGUGAGCGAGCCUUCACAUACAGCACAGUGGGAACUGGCUCACAGUUCGGGACGCUGGUGAUUGGAGCUGCAGGAUCUCUGUUGCUGGACUGGUACGGCUGGGAGAGCGUUUUCUACUUCUCUGGUUUGCUCACUUUGCUCUGGGUUUACUGCACCUGCAAGUACCUGCUGACAGAGAAAGAUCUCAUCAUCCCCUUAGACUAUUUAAGGAGAAGCAUCUCAAUCUCAAAGCAGAGCAAAGUGCCCUGGAAGCAGCUGUUUAAGAAGGCUCCAAUAUGGGCUGUCAUCGUUGCACAGCUAUGCACAGCCAGCACAUUUUUCACUCUCCUCUCCUGGCUGCCGACUUUCUUUAAGGAAACAUUCCCUGAGUCCAAGGGCUGGGUGUUCAAUGUAGUUCCCUGGCUGGUUGCAAUUCCAACGAGCUUGUUUAGUGGAUUUCUGUCCGAUCAUUUAAUUAAUCAGGGGUACAGAACCGUCACCGUCCGUAAGUUCAUGCAGGUCAUUGGCUCUGGAGUCUCAAGCGUCUUUGCCCUGUGCCUGGGCCAGACAUCCAGUUUUUGCAACGCUAUAGUGUUUGCCUCAGCCUCUGUUGGGCUUCAGACCUUUAACCACAGUGGCAUUUCAGUGAACGUUCAAGACCUGGCCCCGUCCUGUGCUGGCUUGCUGUUUGGUGUUGGAAAUACAGGCGGAGCUCUGCUAGGUGUGGUUUGCGUGUACCUGGCUGGAUAUCUGAUGGAAACAACGGGCUCCUGGAUUUCUGUUUUCAACCUGGUGGCUGCUGUCAACAGUGUUGGUCUCUGUGUGUUCCUGGUGUUUGGAGAGGCCCAGAGGGUGGACACAGACUCUGCCUACAUUGACCUGUAGCAAUGAGUCGAAGGAGCGGAGUGUGUCAUAUCUGUGUGCCACUGAUGCACCAGUGCCAAAGAACACUAUUGUUUUGUGGGUGUUUUAAUGGGAUGACAAUGACUGGGACCAUGUUUGUAGUGGGUCCGAAUGAAACCCACAGCAGAAGAGAAAUGUAGAGUUCCUGUUUUGCUCAGGGCACGGCUGGUGGUUGGUGGGACCAUCCAGCUCAAAGUCUAUAGUGAGAAGGUGGCCUUGCUUUGCCCUGGUCCCUUCCAGGGGCCAUGUGUGUGGGUGGCUGUCCUGCUGGACGGGGCUGCAAUUUGCAUUCUCAGCUUACAAAGUGCAUAGUAUGGGGAUGGCUGUGCUUGGCCAUCCUGUGUCUGUGUGGGAUAUUUCCAAUGCUUUGCUUUUUGUCUGGACUAAAAGCAAAAUCCAAAAGAAUGCACCUCUGACCUUAACUGCCCCUCGUGUGCCUUCGUUUUGCAAUCUGCUCUGCAGGUCCAACCUGGGUGCACAUGAGAACAGGUUGUGAGAUGGAUUCAAGGCUUCCUUCAGAGCAAGUGAAGAUCUGUAGCUGGUAGCCCUGGGCAGGACAUCCCAUCCACCCUGCCUUCACCAUGCUCCAGCUGAGACCUCAAAGCCCAAACCCCUCAUCGGGGGGACAUGAGGCUGUGCUGCCCUCAUAGUACAGGGGCAGCUGAUGAGUCCUCCAAAGCCAUUUCACUGUAUGCUGUGAAUGUAUGUGAAGAAUUGAUCAUGUGCAGUGCUAUGGGUCUGUGCUCCCUGCUGUGUCCUUCCUACUCCAGGGAGCAUCUGCAUGAGGUGUAAAGCCAAUCCCUGCACUGGGGAGCCAUAGUGCUGGAUGUGGAUCCAUUCUGUUCCCUGUGUCAGGGGGAAAUACUUGGCUGUUCACGUCUCUGAGCCUGAAUGUCUUAAGUUAUUUAUAAAUAUUUUUAAAUUUAAGUACCAAAUUCUAUAUUUUAUGUAUCCGAGGCCUGAUUCUGCAUGCCUGUUUUCUGUGGUACUCCCAGCAAAGCCCACAGGAUUUCUAGAGCAGAAGGAUUUACCAGCCUACAGCUUCUGCUUUUGCAGGGUCUAUUUUCCAUGUGGUAUUUCACAUUGAAGUAAGUCACUGCUUUUUCUUCCACCCUUCACUCACAGCUCACCCAGCACUUUGGUGGGUUGUCUGCAUUAUCUGCCUCUGUAAACUGGCCAGUUAGGUACAGAUCUAAGGCCAGGUUCCACCUUCAGAUAUCCUCAGCAAAGCAUUGAACCUCUUUUCCAUAGCUAUACAAUUACUAGUUUAAGCAGCCUUGCCAAAGCUCGCUAUCAGAGACUGUGUUAUGGAAGGACCUACAAAAAUAAAGGCAGCAAAUUGUUUGCACGCUG